UUGCCUAAUGUUUACUCAUUGUUUAACCUCCUAGAACAUUCUGGCUUUACAUCCUCGAACACAAACUCAUGCAACACUGCGUUCCACUGCAGCCAAGAAACUGGAUAAAAAGCACUGGAAAAGAAACCCUGAUAAGGAUUGCUCUAAUUGUGAGAAGCUAGAGAAUAAUUUUGAUGACAUCAAGCACACAACUCUUGGUGAGCGAGGAGCUCUCCGUGAAGCAAUGAGGUGCCUGAAAUGUGCAGAUGCCCCCUGUCAGAAAAGCUGUCCCACUCAUCUAGAUGUGAAAUCAUUUAUCACAAGUAUUGCAAAUAAGAACUACUAUGGAGCUGCUAAGGUGAUUUUCUCUGACAAUCCACUUGGUCUUACUUGUGGAAUGGUGUGUCCAACCUCAGAUCUUUGUGUUGGAGGAUGUAAUUUAUAUGCCACAGAAGAAGGAUCAAUAAACAUUGGAGGGUUGCAACAGUUUGCUACAGAGGUGUUCAAAGCAAUGAAUAUUCCACAGAUCCGAAAUCCUUCUCUGCCUCCUCCAGAGAAAAUGCCUGAAGCCUAUUCAGCAAAAAUUGCUCUGUUUGGUGCUGGGCCUGCCAGCAUAAGCUGUGCCUCCUUUUUGGCUCGAUUAGGCUACUCUGACAUCACCAUAUUUGAAAAACAAGAAUAUGUUGGUGGUUUAAGUACUUCUGAAAUUCCUCAGUUCCGCCUGCCAUAUGAUGUCGUGAAUUUUGAAAUUGAACUUAUGAAGGACCUGGGUGUAAAGAUCGUUUGUGGGAGAAGCCUUGCAGUGGAUGGAUUAACCCUUAGUUCCUUGAAGGAAAAUGGCUACAAAGCUGCUUUCAUUGGAAUAGGUUUGCCGGAACCCAAGAAAGACAGUAUCUUUCAAGGAUUGACUUCGGACCAUGGAUUUUAUACAUCCAAAGAUUUUUUGCCACUUGUGGCUAAGAGCAGCAAAGCAGGAAUGUGCGCCUGUCACUCUCCAUUGCCAUCCAUCCGGGGUGCUGUGAUUGUUCUCGGCGCUGGAGACACUGCCUUUGACUGUGCCACAUCAGCUCUUCGGUGCGGAGCCCGGCGCGUGUUCAUUGCCUUCCGAAAAGGCUUUGUUAAUAUAAGAGCGGUCCUGGAGGAGAUGGAGCUUGCUAAAGAAGAAAAAUGUGAAUUUUUGCCUUUCCUCUCCCCACGGAAGGUCACAGUGAAGGGCGGGAAAAUUGUUGGCAUGCAGUUUGUUCGAACUGAACAAGAUGAACUGGGAAACUGGGUAGAGGAUGAAGAACAGACUGUCCACCUGAAAGCAGAUGUGGUCAUCAGUGCCUUCGGUUCAGUGCUGAGCGACCCACAAGUCAGACAAGCCUUGUAUCCAAUAAAAUUUAACCGAUGGGGUCUCCCAGAAGUGGAUCCAGAAACCCUGCAAACCAGUGAAGCAUGGGUGUUUGCAGGAGGUGAUAUUGUUGGUGUGGCUAACACUACAGUGGAGUCAGUUAAUGAUGGAAAGCAAGCUUCUUGGCACAUCCACAAAUAUAUACAGACACAAUAUAGAGCUUUGGUACCUACCAAGCCAGAACUACCCCUUUUUUACACUCCCAUCGAUCUGGUGGACAUCAGUGUGGAGAUGGCUGGGCUGAAGUUCAUGAAUCCUUUUGGUCUUGCUAGUGCAACUCCUGCCACCAGCACAGCAAUGAUCCGAAGAGCUUUUGAGGCUGGAUGGGCUUUUGCCCUCACCAAAACCUUCUCUCUUGAUAAGGACAUUGUGACAAAUGUUUCACCCAGAAUCAUCCGGGGCAUCACCUCCGGUCCCGUGUAUGGCCCUGGACAAAGCUCCUUCCUGAAUAUUGAGCUCAUCAGUGAAAAGACAGCUGCCUAUUGGUGUCAAAGUGUCAGAGAACUAAAGGCUGACUUUCCAGACAACAUUGUGAUUGCCAGUCUCAUGUGCAGUUAUGACAAAAAUGAUUGGAUGGAGCUCUCCAGAAAGGCUGAGGCUUCUGGAGCUGAUGCCCUGGAGUUAAAUUUAUCAUGUCCACAUGGCAUGGGAGAAAGAGGAAUGGGCCUGGCUUGUGGACAGGAUCCAGAGCUGGUACGAAACAUCUGCUGCUGGGUUAGGCAAGCUGUUCGGAUCCCAUUUUUUGCCAAGUUGACCCCAAAUGUCACGGAUAUUGUAAGCAUCGCAAGAGCAGCCAAGGAAGGUGGUGCUGAUGGUGUGACAGCCACCAACACUGUCUCAGGUCUGAUGGGACUGAAAGCUGAUGGCACUCCUUGGCCGGCAGUGGGCAUUGGAAAGCAGACCACCUACGGAGGAGUGUCAGGGACAGCGAUCAGACCUAUAGCAUUGAGAGCUGUGACCUCCAUUGCCCGUGCUUUGCCGGGAUUCCCUAUUUUAGCCACUGGUGGAAUUGACUCAGCUGAAAGUGGACUCCAGUUUCUCCACAGUGGAGCUUCGGUCCUCCAGGUAUGCAGUGCUAUUCAGAAUCAGGACUUCACUGUGAUUGAAGACUACUGCACUGGCCUCAGAGCCCUGCUUUACCUGAAGAGCAUUGAGGAGCUACAGGACUGGGAAGGGCAGAGUCCAGUCACUGUGAGUCGCCAGAAGGGGAAACCAGUUCCAUGCCUUGCAGAGCUCACAGGAAAGAAACUGCCAAACUUUGGACCUUAUCUUGAACAACGCAAGAAAAUCAUAGCAGAGAACAAGAUGAGAUUGAAAGAACAAAAUACAGCUAUUUUACCACUUGAGAGAAACUAUUUUAGUCCCCAAAAGCCCGUCCCUACCAUCAAGGAUGUCAUUGGAAGGGCACUGAAGUACCUAGGAGCAUUUGGUGAGUUAAGCACUGUGGAGCAGGUUGUGGCCAUGAUCGACGAAGACUCAUGUAUCAACUGUGGUAAAUGCUACAUGACCUGCAAUGACUCGGGCUACCAGGCCAUACAGUUUGACCCAGAAACGCACCUGCCCACGGUUACUGACACAUGUACAGGCUGUACCCUCUGUCUCAGUGUCUGCCCUGUGAUCGACUGCAUCAAAAUGGUUUCCAGGACAACCCCUUAUGAGCCAAAGAGAGGCUUACCCUUAGCUGUGAAGCCGGCGUGUUAAGGGGACUUCGCAAGACAACGGCUGCGAAAUCCGAGAGCACCAAUAGUGCAACCAUGGGGUAUAGUUCUCUCCAAAUUAAAAUGUCUGUAAUUGCUAAAUACAUUUAUAAAGUUAAAAAGAAAAUCUACUGCCAGUAACCAAUUAAUGGUCAUAACAGAAAAUAAUUCCUUUCUGAGGAUCGCUGCUGCUAGUUACUAUGUGGCAGUUAAUUAGAUGCCCGCUGUCAAUUGUCUGUUGUGAAAAAUCAACUUUUUUUUUCAUGGCAAUUAGUGUGACAAUUUCCAAAUUGCCCUAUGCUGUGCUCCAUCUUUGAUUUCUAAUUUUAAGUGAAAUUCAGUAUUUUUGAAACAAACUAUAUGCUAACAUACAAGAAAAUGUUUCCCAGGAAACGGUUUUAUUUUUUAAUUAAAAAAUUUCCUGAAAUUUUAUUCCGUUUCUAAGAAAAUAUAGUUAGCAUCACAAAGUACAAAUGAAGAAAAUCAGAUAGUUAUGAAUCAUGGCAGGGAAAAGGGGGAAAUCUAGAAUUUCCUUAGGCCCUCAUGGCUAAAAUAACAUAUUUUUGAUGCUGGAUAAUCACCCCACCUGUCAAAGGUGUCUUCACUACUCACCAGUUGAGCCCAUGACACCCUCCUUUAAAUAUUGAAUGUGUUUUCAUAGUGAAAUUAGAUGUUAUGGGGGAGAUCCUGUUAAUGUCAUUUGUUUUGCAUAGUUCUGCUGUGUCUGCUUUUAAUAGUAACCUUCGUGAUUAUAGCAAUUAACAUUUGAACGAAGCCCAAAUUACAAAGCACUGAGUCACAUGUGUGAUUAUUCAGAAAUGAAAACUAUAGUAUUGGUAGUAUACAUAUAAUAUGCAAAACAAAUACGGCUACUGUUUUUUUAUUGGGGCUUAAUUUCAAAAGUAAUGGAGUAAGCCAGGCACAGGUAGCUCAUGCCUAUAAUCCUAGCUACUCAGAAGGCUGAGAUCUGAGGAUCCUGGUUCCAAGCCAGCCUGGACAGGAAAGUAUGUGAAACUCUUAUCUCCAAUAAA